CUCAUCGUCUCUUGAGAUGGAAGACGAAUUAGGGCACAAAUUGGGCAAAUUCACUCUGUCGGAAAUUGAAGAUUCCUACAUCGACCUAGACAAUACCGAUGUCACGCUUAGUGAAGAUGAAUGUCAACGAAGCCUGUUCGGCAAAAUUGUUGGGGAAAGGAAGGCUAACUGGGUUGGGGUGAAGCGCACAAUGAGCUUUCUUUGGAAGUUGGGCAACUCAUUGGAAGUCCGAGAACUAGGUAAUAACUACUUUCAAUUUCUUUUCCCUAACAGAAUUGAACGAGCUAAGAUCUUGGAAGGCCGGAAUUGGAUUUUUGAAAACCAGCAUCUGAUAUUAAAAGAAUGGAAAGAGGGCAUUUCUGCAAACCACCCCUGCUUUGAUGAAUUGACACUCUGGGUCCAAGCUUAUGGCAUACCUAUCAAUUGGAUCUGCACUGAUGUCGGUAUAAAGAUUGACAGAGUAUUCAAUGGGAUUAAAAAUGUGAAUAUGGCUAAAGCAGGAGGGCAGGGAGGAAGAGUUAUGCGAAUGCAGGUUGACAUUGACAUCAAAGAACCUCUGCCCAGAUGGACAAAAAUCAGAUUGGGAAGCAAAUUAGCCACCAUUCAAUUUCUAUAUGAAAAGCUGGUGAGCCUCUGUUACUAUUGUGGUCGAGUAGGCCACUCUGAUAAAAACUACUCGCAGAGACAAGAAGAUUUUCGCAACAACUCAGUCCACGAGGGACAAUAUGGAGAAUGGAUGAAAGCUGUGGAUGGAGUAAUUGUAUCCCAAACACCCUCUCAGAGUAAUCACUCUAACCCCACAACUAAAGGCUUCCAAACCCAGAACACAUCCCCUGCUAGUGGCAAUCACUCCGGAACUUUUAAACAGCCAUUCUCUAAAUCCAUGGACAAUCCUUCCUCAUCCAAGCAAGCUAGUGGUGUGGGCAAGCAUCUACCAGUCAUUGAAGAGUCGACUGCUUCUAUUCCAAUGUCUGAGCCUAUUAACCGAGGCAAGGAAAUUGUUGCUUUCAGUCACCCACAACUGCCUCCAUCAGAGACUGAAGAGGCCACACAACAAGGAAUGGAGUUGGUUGCCCAACCUGAUCCUGCUCAAACCCCAGAAAGUCAAUCUGACAAGCAAACUGGUAAAACUUGGAGAAGAGCCCCCAGCAAAGUGGGCAGACUAGCCAGAAAAAAAAAACCACAGGAACAACAUUGGAACAAAGAAGACAGAAGAGAGCCAAUUCUGAAAUGCAAACCUCAAACACUGAAGAAACCUGCAAAGAGGCCAAUACACAGAAGAAGCAGAAAACCAAUGACAACAAGAGGAGGAUUGCUACUGAUGUGGGAUUCUCUCCCCAAUGUCUCUCAAGUCAACAGCUCUGACUUCUUUAUUCAAAUCCAGUUCACUCUCCCCCAUGAAGACCUUCCUCACUCGCUCACCUUUGUAUAUAUGAGCACUGACAGAGACACUAGAAUUCAGCAAUGGAACUUUCUGGAACAAAGCAAAGAUGGUUGGGGAGAUCAUUGGGUACUGACUGGAGACUGGAAUGACAUUUGCAAUCAAGAGGAGAAGAGAGGAGGAAGAACAAGACCUACCUCUAGUUUUAAUGCUUUCAAUGACUUCAUCUCAGCUAUGGGGAUGUUUGAAAUUACCUUGGUGGGCUACCAAUUUACCUGGGGGAACAACAGAGCUCUUGAAGGUUUUGUUGAAGAAAAGCUAGACAAAGGAUUUGGCUCACUAGCCUGGACAUUAAGAUUUCCACAGGCCAAUAUCUCAAACAUAUUCAAAAGUGCCUCAGACCAUGGAGUGUUACUCGUAGACACCCAAAACAACCAAGGAAACCACAUAAGGAGAUUCACCUUUGACAAAAGGUGGAUCAACAGAGAGGGCUGCAAAGAAGAAGUUCAGAAAGCUUGGGCCUUACCUCAGCAAGGUACUCCCUUUUUCAAACUCAAAGAACAUGUUAAGCAAACCAGAGUGGCCUUGAUGAAGUGGAGCAAGCUCUUCAGAGCCGAACAUAAAAAGAAGGUGGCCUCCAUUUCUCUCAAGCUGGAAGAAAUGAGGCAAUUAGGUGCUGGCAAAAAAUGGGAUGAAUGGGAGUCUUUAAAGCACGAAAUGGAAACAACACAGACCUCAGAGGAAGCUUUCUGGCAGCAAAAAUCAAGAGUCCAAUGGCUUAAGAAAGGUGAUAGGAACACUAAUUUCUUCCAUGCAUUCACCAUGCAAAGGAGAAAGAAGAAUGCAAUAUCCAGGUUAUUAUCAGAUGAAUUUGGACUCUGUAUUACCAAAGAAGAAAUUGCUGAGGAAAUUGCCAGAUACUACAAACAGUUAUACACAUCUGAAGGCUCUCUUGGUGCUCAAGAAAUAUCCCAGCUCAUCCCCAAAACAAUAACUCAUGAGAUGAACCUGCAACUACAAGCUCCCAUCUAUGAGGAGGAAAUCAAGA